UCUCUCGUCGAGAAAGCUAAGAAACCAAAGCUUCUUCUUCUCCGAUCUCCCCCUCUCUCUCGUCUGAAUUCGUUUCGAAUCCGUUAUUUGUAUCCUUUCUCCAAGGAAGGUUUGUAUUGAUUGAUAAACCCUAGUUGCUUUCGUUCUAAGAUCGGAGGAAUCGGAAUUGUUGCGGAACCUAGAUUUUGAAAAUCGCCACCCCUAAUUUUAACGACUCUCUAGGAUCAGCCUUGUUUAUCACUACUCUACAGUUUUUGAUUAAGUUCAUCAUAUUCUGAAAGCUCACGCUUGCGAGAUGUCUCUGAAUGAGCAGCUAAACAAUUUCAAGAAGCAGCAAGUGAAAUGUCAAUCUACGCUUUCGAGCAUUGCUUCUUCAAGAGCGGCGCAUCCGCCUUCUUCUUCUUCGAGGCGGCCCGUGCCUGCUGCAAUCAGUCAGAAGCCUCUCGCUGCUGCAGGAGGUCCUGUCAAGUUUUCAAGCGAUACAGAGCGGCUUCAGCUCAUUAACAGCAUAAGGAAAGCUCCUGUUGGAGCUCAAAUGAAACGUGUCAUUGAUCUUCUCAUGAAGACAAGGGAAGCUUUUACUCCAGAGCAAAUCAAUGAAGCGUGUUAUGUUGAUAUGCUUGCCAACAAGGCUGUUUUUGAUAGUAUGAGGAAGAACCCUAAAGCGCAUUACGAUGGAAGAAGGUUCUCUUACAAGGCUGAGCACAAUGUCAAGGACAAGAAGCAACUUCUUUCCUUGAUAAAUAAAUAUCCUGAUGGGAUUGCAGUCAUUGAUCUCAAAGACGCUUACCCAAAUGUCAUGGAGGAUUUGCAGGCGCUGAAAGCUUCAGAAGACAUCUGGUUGCUAUCAAAUUCACAAGAGGAGAUUGCGUAUCCAAAUGAUUUCAAGUGUGACAUUAAGGUUGAUGACGACUUUAAAGCUCUGUUCCGCGACAUAGAAGUCCCGGAGGACAUGCUGGAGGUGGAGAAGGAGCUGCGGAAGAACGGUUUGAAGCCGGCAACAGACACUGCAGCGAGGAGAGCUGCUGAUCAGAAGCACGGCGUAUUAAUGACUAAAUCGAAGGAUAAGAAGAAGAAGAAGAAACAAGAGAUCAGCAAGAGAACCAAACUCACUAAUGCCCAUAUGCCCGAGCUCUUCCAGAGCAUUAACGCCAGCUCUUCCCGGAACUGAACCUUAUAAAUGGAUUUGAUUAUGCGAUUCAAAAUUGAACCUAUGCCACAAAUUGUAUUCAGUGGAGAAGAAAUAAUUUGUAUUUGUUAUGAUCUUGAGUUUGCAAUGGUGUUCAUAUAUUAUCACAAUGCAUAUUUGAGUUA